AUGGCGCUCGAGACCAACGGAAUGAUUCCAGGCCUACGCGAGCCGGCCAAGAGGAAGGGCCUGCGUGCGCGCGAACUGGACUUCCACUCAUCGUCCCGCACAGCUCCCCUUCCUCAGUACAAGCCCAUGUUUGACGUGCACUUGCAGCACCUCUGGGUCAACCCUCGCAUCAGGCAUACCAUGCAGACGGCUGGUUUUCUUGAUGAUGAUGGCAAGCCAGUGGAUGUUGAUGCACACAGACGGAAGCUUUUUGUCAUCGAGCAGGAACUGGCCCAGGCAGACAUGGUGGAACGGUACCGUGCCAGGGACAAGGAAAGGAAGCGUGAGGAGAUGAUCAUCCUGGCGAAGCGUCAGGAAGUUCAGCAGCAACGCAUUUUCGCUGUUCAAGCUGUCCGUGAAGGCCGACGACAGCGGCGAGAGGCGACAGCAGAUGGCGUGGGUGUUAGAAGCACCAGCAGUUUGCCGGCCAUCGGCGCUGACAGCCCUGUCUCGUGA